AUGACAUUCACUCUCCUUAAGAAUGUGGACAUGGACAAAACUGAAUGGAUCAUCAAGGAUCGUGCUGUAAGAUGCUACGAGCGUACAACAUUUGGGGAUCGCUCUACAGUUUUGGGUCUUGAAGAGUACCGUAUUCAUGCUUCUAUCAAGAAGUUUCAUAUGGAACCUUUUAGGCGCCAUCUGAAGGAAGGAAGUGUUAUUGCAAUCAAGGACGUCAUUGUAGCUCCAAACAGUGAUGUUAUUGGACGAGUCGUCGGUAUAAACAAAUCGCAGACAAGGACUUUUGACAACAGAACAACACAUUUUGCCAAAAUAACUUUGGAGGAUGUCGAUCGAAACAAACUAUCUUGCACAUUGUGGUAA